GAGGCUGACGCGGAAAACUACAACCGCAUCCUUUAUUUUCUGUCGCCGGCAUGUAAAUACAACUUUGCGGUGCUUUGCAUAGAUAGCGCUAUCUUUGAUUUAAUGUUAAGAACGGCUCAUUUAGAUGUUUCCGACCUUUGUGGCUCGUUAGAACUAGCUGAAAACUCGCGUGUUGAGGGGGUGAAUCGCGAUUCCUGACAUGAAAGUGUGACUGAAUUUGGACUACGAUGAUGCUGUCCGCAUGUCCACAGCUGAGGCUCCUCAGGCUUUUGUUUUUUAUAGUUCUUGUUUUACUUUUUCAAGCCAACGACGCCAAAAAGAGGGAUCUGAAAAGCGCCUGUAGCACGUGUCAACAAAUUACUGACAAUUUCAAAAAGGGCUUUGAAAGAACAGCAAAGCAGAACUUCGGAGGAGGCAACACAGCCUGGGAGGAGAGGAAACUGUCCAAGUAUGAGACGAGUGAGAUUCGUCUGAUGGAGAUUUUAGAGGAUCUGUGCGAGAGCAGCAGCUUUGAAUGCAACCGUAUGGUGGAGGAACACGAGGAGCACUUUGAGACGUGGUGGUUUCACAAGAAAACAAAAUACCCUGAUCUGCAUAAAUGGUUCUGCGUAGAAACCAUUAAAGUGUGCUGUCCAAAGGGAACGUUUGGACCAGACUGCAAUGCUUGUGUCGGGGGUGCGGAGUCGCCUUGUCACGGUAAUGGUGACUGUGAUGGCGAUGGCACUCGUGGAGGGAACGGAAAGUGCGACUGUAACCACGGGUAUAAAGGGGAGUUCUGCUUGGACUGCAUCGACGGUUAUUUCGGUGUAGAGAAGAAUGACACGUUCUGUUUGUGUGCAGAGUGUCAUGCUUCUUGCAAAACCUGCAGCGGCGCGACCAGUCAGGACUGCGAUGAGUGCAAGGAAGGCUGGGAGGACGAUGACCAAGAAGCUUGUGUUGAUGUGAACGAGUGCAACAAAGACCCUCCUGUGUGCAAAGAUGACCAACACUGCCUGAACUCUGAAGGCUCCUACUCCUGUAAAGCCUGCGACAGUGCGUGCAUUGGCUGCUCUGGACCUGGUUCUGAUAAGUGCCAGGCUUGUGCCAGCGGGUACCAGGAUGUAGAUGGCACCUGCACAGACAUCGAUGAAUGUUCUCAGUCAGAGCCCGUGUGCACCAAGGACAACCAGGAGUGUGUUAACAGUAAGGGAAGCUACGUGUGCGUCUGCUCCGGUGGCUAUGAGGAGCGAGACGGCGAGUGCGUCCAAACCCAAGAACAAGAGACAGCGGAGGACUCGGAAGAAUUACAGACGACCUCUAGUCCACACGGUGAGCUUUGA